AUGUCACACACGAACCUCUCACACCGCCGAACACAUAAUCUCCUCUUAAUCUCCAAGCUCUUAAGCCAGCGCGACCAUGCCUCGCCCUUCACAUUAGUCCUCGACACGUUGGAACAGCCCGGCAAACCGCUGCUGCGUGAAUACUUGCGGCGAGCCCGGCUGGGGCGGACAAGCACGAUAUUCCUGUCAUUCGAGACGUUUGUAAAGGCGAAGGACGCGAACUUUUUCAUCAAGUGCUACGAUGAUGGGAGACCAGUGGAGAGAAUUGCUAGAGAAGUACGGGAUGUGGUGGAGCAUGCGAAUAGCAACAGAUUCUUGAUCAUCAUCGACUCACUUUCAACGAUUGCUUCGAAGUCAACUGACCCAGCGUUGAAUUUGAAUCUUACAGCAUUUCUGUCGUCAUUACUACAGCCGCCACAGACCAAAGAUCCUGAGCAAGGGCAGCCUCAGAUUUCCUUGGUCGCGGUGUACCACACCGAUGUUCCCCUUCCAUACUCGUCAUCGUCAUCAGCUUCUGCACAUUCAUAUUCUCCCUCGCCGCUAUCUCUGCUCUCGUACCUUGCCACCACGAUAAUCACCGUCCACUCCCUCCCAAUUCUCCUUGCUGCGAAGUCAGCACGUGCAAAAUCGCGGGUAGCGCCUGUUUUCGGCCUGGCGGAAGAAGUUGAGGGUGUAGUGAUUGGCUUGAAACCCAAAAGUGCGACGUUGAGGCCGGAGGAGCGGGGCAUUGUGCUGGAGCUGGAACAUCGGAGGAAGAGCGGAAGAGGGGUGUUGGAAUGGUAUUUCCUGCCGACUGCAACCAGGAUGCAGCAGGGCGGUGGCCCUCAGGCGUUUCGCGAGAUUGUCACUUUGCUAGAUGACCACCCUCAAUUCCGCAGGCCAAAGGAGCAGGAAAGCUCCGGGCAGGACUUGUCUGGAAUGACUUUCGAGCUUGGGUUGACAGAUCGACAAAGACUGGAGCGGGAGGGAGUGGUGUUGCCUUAUUUCGACGCCCAGAAGGCCGGCGGAGGAGGCGAAGGCGGUAGGAUUUUGUAUGACAUGGGCGUUGAGGAUGAUUUUGACGAAGAGGAGGACGAGAUAUGA